AUAGCCACUCCACUCCCUCACCACUGUGAGUACUGCUGAGUACUCCUAGAAGCACUGACAAUGGCCGUGAAUAGCACUUUCACGCCGAAGGCGUCCCUAACUGAGGCACCUACCAACCUGAAGGAGGCCAUUGACUGGGUCCUGAGGGUAACUGGUAGGGAUGGUAAAAAGCUGGACAAAGAUGAAUGUAUAUGUGGCCUGGCGGCGGCAGUGACUGACCUCCUGCAGUCAGUAGAACUGGAGUACCAUGGUGAAGCCCCAAAUAAAGGCGCCUCUCAACAGGAAGUCAAAGGCCACCUCAAUGAGCUAUUCUCUCUGGUACAGGGACUAGGUGGUACUGCAGUGGUCCGGACCUACAUAGACCAGCUGGCACAGGUACUCAGUGCACUCGUUGGGUGGAGUAAGAUAGAUAAGUGUUGGGACAGUAAGGGCAACUGCAAGGUCGGUGGCAAUGGAUAUCAACAUGGCAUAAAAACGGAUUGCGAGUAUCUAAAGGAUGUAAAGGAAAACACUCCGUGCAAGGACUGUGGGUGUAUGAAAUGGGAAGUGACCAGGCCGGACGACGAAGGAACACCACUGGGAAGGAAGUGUACUAGGUGUAGUAGUGGUGGUAGUAGUAGUGCACAGUGUAGUUGUAGUAGUGGUGGUGGCACAUGUAGUGCUGGCAAGGACUGCAAAUGCGCUAAAGAAGGCAAAUGCUGCAAGUGUUGUUGUAAUAGUGGGAGUUGUAAGGAUAAGUGUCAGAAGGAUGCUAAGUGUAGUUGUGAUAAGGAGGACAGAUACAGGUCGGCAUAUCCCAAAACUACCAGAGACUGGGCUGAUGGUGGUUUCACCCUUACAUGGGUACAACUUGUUGACACGUGGAUGGAGACAAAGAGUGAUAGUAGGAGUGCUUCCCUACGACGUCACCACUGUGCCCGCAUCUUACUAGGGUCAGUAUGUCUCAUCUGGAGUGGACUUACUUAUAUGUAUUGGACAGGAAAGUGGGCCAAGGGUAGUCCCCGGUGGAACAAUCACAUUUUGGAUGGCAGUGGUCUAGAUGAUGGCACACUAUCCCAAUGGCUACAGGCCCUAGGGUUUCCUAGGGAUAUGAUUAAUAAUAGUGGUCCUAGAAAUAGGUGGGAUGCAGUUAUAUGGGAUGGGUUUAGGGGUAUGUUAUAUUUGGGAUUCCCGGAUACUGGUAAUGGUAGUCCUGUCCAUGGCGGGGACUAUAAUGAUAAUACAUUCAGAAAUCCAGCUGGUAUGAACUAUGCUGGAUAUAUACAUACCGUAGACAGGGGUGCAUUUUGCAGCAAGGCUACUGUAUUCAAUAAUGGUACCACCAGCAUAACUGAGGAAAACAUCAACAAAUGUGGUGCCUUGUACAAGCUCUAUAUUCUAUCGUGUGCCUAUUUUACUGGCCUUCAGCAGAAGGAUACGCCGCAGGCGGACAAUAAAACUCCCCGUACCAUCCGUGAGAUCCUAUACUGGCUUAGUGCAUUGCCCUAUAGUCAGGCCUAUAAGGAUACACUAGACUAUGCCAAGGAAGUAUUGAAGAAGGUAGCACCAGACGUUCAAGGCACUAAAACGCUCUCAUUCCUUCAAACAGGCCGCACAGCUCCCAUCACAGUUCAUGAAUACAACCUAUUUGCCCACUUCCAGGCAGUGACCCAGUACUGCCCAUUGGUACUCAUCGGUAUCCAGGGUGGAAUACACAGUUCUAAAAGCACUGACAGCACUAAAGAACCUCCUAUCCACUCCCUGUACGCCAACACGGAGUGCAACUUCACCUAUCCCACUGUAUCCAUCCAAGCAUACAACCAGGUGGUCCACUACAUUAGGGCUCUGUUCUAUCAACUCUAUUUUCUUAGGAAACAAUGUGCCAUGAAAGUGGCUCAAGGAGGCAAAUGGCGUGAGUGUAGGUAUGGCAAGGAUGUGGUGUCCAAGGGGGUAAUUAGCUGGAUGUGCCUGGGGUGUAGCCCCAUGGAACAUGAUAGGACAAAGAGGGUUGAUAAGGUAAAGGAGGAGUUGGGAAAAGUAGUGAAGAAGGUAAAGUUAUUGGAAGGGGAGAAGGCAGAUGGGAUCGAGAAGGCCAAAGCAUUACUCGUGGCCAUAGGGGAUGUAGUGGUACAAUUAGGUAAUGCCCAGGAGGCAUUGGAAGGGAAGAAGACAGAGGGGAUCAAUGCAGUGAAGGAGAAACUAACGGAGGCUAAGGGGGAACUAGAGGGGGCUAAGGAGAAACUAGAUGAGGCGCUGACGGGGAAUGGUGGUGGUAGUAGUGGAAUACUAAAGGAUUUGGAAGGGAAACUAGAUACGGCAACGGGUGGAAAGGAGGUUGACCCUGGUAAGAAUGAGGUAUCCAAGGCUAUCCAUAAGGUAUGGGAGGUAUUGAAGGAAAUGGAGAAACAGUUGAAAGAAGUUCUGAAGAAUAUCAAGGAUGAAAUAGAGCAGUAUGAGUCAGAUAUGGAUGACAACACAGGUAGGAUUAUCCAAGAAAAGACUUUUUACAAAGCCGUCAAAGAACUCAUCUCCAUCUGCAACUCACCCAAGUGCCCAUCCUGUAAAUCACACUCCAACAAGUGUGGCCGACAGCCACAGUCCAAGUACUGUGACAAGUGCCACCAACAAUACAUGGACGGCACUCCAUCACCCCUCCAGGCAUUCCUCGAGGACAGGUUACCAGGCUUUAGUUGUGAGGUAGUACGAAACACUGACACAGACAAAGACACAGUGUACCCAUCCGCUGCAUCCCACCUAGGACACUGCAAUGGCUCAGGUCAGUGCUGUCCAUUGCCAAUGGGUUUUAGAAAUAACUUCCAGGACGGUGUCACCCAAACCGGUCAACGCCUUUAUGGCAUCCUCUACUUCUUUAGUAACGGGGACAUGAUGCAGUCGUGUGUUUAUACACUAGUGAGGGUAACUGCAGCACUCAGUGCCACCACACCACAGGUACUGGGUGAUGUCUUUGGGUUCUUUAGAGGGGGUGUAGGAGAGAAGGAGAAGGGAAAGACACAGAAGGGACAGGAUAACACGCCAUGUAAGCACGAGGGUAAUCCAAGUGACACAUCUGAGGAGAACAGGACUAAGUACUUUUGCGGCUGGUGUGCCUCUGGGUUACGGGAUGAAGUAAAGAAGAUAGAGUGGAUCCAAAAGGCACUGGGUGGAAAGGACUACAGAACGAGUGUCGGCACAGCACUGAUAGAUAUAAAAGGCGAUAAGGACACUACUGCUGCUCCACUGUCCAGUGACAGUACCACCACUAAUAACCUCUCAACACUCACUAAGAACUGCCAGUACCUCUCUCCCCUAACAGGUGAACUCUAUACAGCAGUGAGUGCCACAUUCGGUGGAACAUACCUCUCAUGGGUACUAUAUCUAUCAGAUGCACUUCAUUCAGGACUAGAGUCACUCUCUGAGGCAUUCCGUAAUAUUGAAUGCCGGGGCUGUAAGGGAAACUGUGACCCCAAUAAGUGUAAGAAGGGAGCCCAUGGACAGAAGAGUGAUACAGGUAGCGCCGGACUAUGCCGGUGCCAAUCAAUCGUAUCAUGCACCGGGGUACUACCGGUGCUGUAUAGACAUGGCUUUAGCUACGGUAACCCAUUCAAUCUGGAGGGGUACCGGCAGGGGGAUGGAAAGGAUGAUGGAGAUUAUAGUAUUAUGGACAAGACGAAUGACAGUACUAAGAAGUGUCAUCAAUUCUUAGACAGUCUCAGUGCAGUGAUCAAGAAGAAGGAAGAAGCCACCCCGAAGGAACAUCCCUUGACAAAGUUACUAUCAGAAGUCGGCAAGCUCCAAUACGACAUACGGCUCCCGUGGAUCUUUGUACUGACCUUGGCCUGGCUAGUAGCGGUACUCUACCUUGCUUUUGGUGCCAUAUGGCCACUGGACUGGACACAUAUGAGGUCGCAUUGGUUACGGGGUGGAGAACACCAGUGGCAGUGUAUGUGGUAUAAGGUUAUGACGGGGCGCAAAGGAAUGGAACUGGUGGAGUAUUUUGGUAAGACAUAGUGGCGCCUUCGGCGCAACGGUGCUAAAUGAUAUACACUAGUGUCACAUACAAUAUAUAGUAGCGCCAUAGGUAGUGUUCUUAUAGUGGGCAUUAAAAGCCUACACAUUCCAGUGAAACC